GCCCUCCGUGCCCUCCCAAAAGCACGUUUCCUACCAGCUUUCUACUGCCUAACCUAAGGCUUAUCUUGUCGUCAGUGUCAUCGGCCACAGCGGCCCGCACCACCGGUCGUCGCCAACGACAACGACGACACCGACGACACCGACGACGCUGGCGCAACCGUCCGUCAGAGGUUGACAAAGCCACAGCGGAAGCCAAGUGGGAGACGAAAAAAAGACGAACAACUCGAUAAGAGACAGGAUGCAGUGGGAAGCUACAGCACAGAGAGAGCACGACCGAACUCUGAGAGAAGCGCUAAGCUAAGCAGAGAGAGAGGCAGGGGAGCCUGGGACAGAACCUUGGCGCCGAAAUGGGACCUGCAGGCUGCGUCGUGCAUGGGAAUAUACAGCCGAGUUGGAGGUUGACAAAGUGGGACGAAUCAACUGUCGACUUUCCCCCCCGUGAUCCGUCCGUCGCGCACUGUGCUCCCUACUCUGUCGUACACAGGAGCGUUCGUUGUCUGUCCGUCACUUACGACUUGUCUCGUGCUGGUCGUGUUUGGCGCACACGCGGCAACAUGGAACAUGCAGCGACGACGACGGUAGCAAGCAGCCGGGAGCUUGGUCUGGUGCCGGUGGAGAUGCCCAUGCGGACAUCGGGUACGCUCAUCUUUUAUGGCUUCUUCAGCUCGACGUCUGUUCUUGGCCCGUUUGCAUCCCAUCUUUGUCGCGCGUCCGAUACCCAAUCUCGAGCGUCGAGGGAACCGGAACUGGAUGGAAGAGAGGUGUGCCCUGGCGCGUGUGGCACUGUGAGAAGAGGGGCCUAGAUACCAACGAAGCGCAUAGGUAGACGCUAGGUAGGUACUGCCCUACUCGCCGACCUCGUCCGAAAUCUUGGACGCUGUACGGAAGACGCCGUUACGGCACAGUGACGGCAAGAGCCUAGCAACUCCCCAUCUGCCUCACGAAUACUCGUCCGCUGCAGGCUGGUUCCUCGAAUUGCC